AUGGAGAAGAACAUAGGUUUGGCCCUUGAUCAAGUAAUCCCAGGCCAUGGCACCGUUCCCUUAAGCCCAUACUUCUUUUGGCCAAGGAAAGAUGCAUGGGAAGAGCUGAAAGCCACCCUAGAGAGCAAGCCAUGGAUUUCUCAGAAGAAGAUGAUCAUCCUCCUUAAUCAAGCCACAGAUAUCAUCAAUCUCUGGCAACAAAGUGGUGGCAGCUUGUCGUGA